CUUGUCUUUCCGUUCUAACCUCACUUAUUUGAAAUACAUGUGCUUGUGUUGUCUUUGUGAAAAUGGUGAAAAUAAAGGGAACUCCGUCAGGAAAAACGCCAAUUGCUAACAAAAGACUUUCCGCUAUCAAGGACAAAUCAACUCCAUUCAAAGGCAAGAAAAUAAGUAAAGGAGAAACGCCGAAAUUGAAGAAAGCGUUUGAGUUAGCGAGCGGUACGCCUAAAUUGGGUAAAAAGUUGGAUUUGGUGGGUGUAACUCCGAAGAAAAUCGUUAAAGAUGAGAAAACUUCGCCGAAAGGUAAAAACAAGAUUAAUAUUAUUGACAUACAAGUUGUUAAAGAUGGGCCUAAAAGAAGGAAUACUAUAAAUGCGUUCGAAGCGCAAGUUGUUAAAGAUUUGCAAGUAAAUCAGGGUAAGACGCCCAAAAAACAAGCUCUCAAGCGUAGGCAAAGCAUUGCGAUUGUUGAGGAAACUAAGAAAACUCCCAAAUGUAAGAACAGUAUUAGUGACAUUGUACAAGUUAAGGAGGAAACAAAAACUCCCAAAAAAGAACCCAAAACACCUAAAGACAAAACUGUUAAGACCCCAAAAGUUGCAGUUGCAAAAACACCCAAAAUUGAAGCUAAAACCCCCAAAUCAGAACCUAUAACACCCAAAUCUGAGCUUAAAACCCUCAAAACCAAAAAAUUAAAAGGAAAGACGCCAAAAAAACCUGCACAAACAGAGUUUGCGGAACUGGAGGAAAAAUAUAAUAUUAAAUCAUCAAACAUUGAAGAGGCUAUCAAAGGGGUAAUUAAAUUUGUGCGAGAAAACCCUAAAAUGAAAAAUCAACUUUUUGGUGAAAAAUUACCACUACUCUUGCAAAUGGGUUGUUUUAAAAUCCACAGGGGUCAAACUAGGUUGGUUCGUAUUCCGCUAAAAAAUUCCACAUUGACUGCUGAUGAUGAUGUGUGUUUAAUUGUGGCUGACAUAAAAGGGCUAAAAAAUAAGGACCACGAUCAACAUUUGGAGAAAUAUGAAGAGCUAUUAACGAAAAAGGGUGUUAAAAACAUCAAGAAAAUAAUGACCUUCCAUGAGUUUAGAACUGAAUAUGAAACUAUAGAACUCAAAAACAGACUUGUAGAUUUGUAUGAUUAUUUCCUGGUUGAAGGCAAAAUUGCUGGUAAAGUUGUGAGAAAGUGUGGCAAAAUUUUCUACAAAAAAAGGAAAGUACCAAACCCAAUCAAACUGUGGUGCACUCAGCUCAAAAAACACAUUGAUGCUUCAUUAUUGAAGACUCAGUUUAAUGUGACUGGACAUGGGGAUUCUUACACCAUUCAGUUUGGACACAGUGAUAUGGAUACCAAGGAUUUGGUUGAAAAUGUUUUCAGUUUGAUUGAAGGCUUGGAUAAACAGUUUCCUGGGGGGUUCAACAAUAUAAAACUUAUGCAGAUUUUCACGCAGCAUGCCACUCCCAUCCCCAUUUAUUUAGACACAAAAGAUCCAAAUGAAGUACAGGUGCCAGUACUGAAACCUAACAAAAUUAACACUCCUAAAAGGGUAAGGGGCGAACUCUCCACGGUAACCAACGCUGAUGUGAUUGUAUCCAGGGAAGGUAACGUUAAAGUGAUCAAGAAUGACGAUGAAAAAGGCAACCCCGACGAAAUAACAAUUGACGAUCUUUUGGCCGACAUCAAGAAGACGCAGAAAGAAGAUGCGACGAUCAAGAACAAGAAGAAGAAGGCUAUCGAAAACAAGAACGAAAUUGUUGUACAGGAGGAGAAUGCUAAUAAAACAGUCGACGAUAAGCAGAAUAAAAAAAGGAAAUUACCUCAAAGUGAGAACGACAACAAACCUCGGCAGCAAAAGAAGGCGAAAAAAGGCAACAUGGUGAAAAAACAAAAGAGUCCUGUUAAGGUGGUCCCCAAAAAGAAGAAGGUUCAGAAAUAAAAAUCGUUUACUUGUUAAUAAUAAAUAUUUUAUUACGCAUUUUAAUCAAUUAAAAGUAUUUUUCUUUGGUUGCGCCUUUAGUUUAGUUUAUGUGGAGUGCAAAAUUGUGUCUAAAAAAUAAAGCGUUUUAUUUAUAUACAAUAUUAUCACUGAGAUGUAACAACUUUAAAAUAUUGCUACUCAAUGGUUAUAAAGGGUGUUUUUGGUAUGACAGGGUUGAAUAAAACAUGGUAUUUAAAAAAAGUUCAGUCAAACCAAAAAACAACCUUUAUAAUUUAAUAUUUUCAAGCUAAAUAACAUUACUAUAAUGGCACAGCUGAUUAUUGCCUUUAAUUUUAUCAAGGAACCCCUAUGAAAAAAAUUUACGCAAUAAAUAUUUUGUACUUCCAUCUUGUGACGCAAAAUAACCGUUAUGGUUUAAAUGCUUUAUAAAG